CGUUCACUGCCGGCGGAUCGGUGGAGGCUACGGUAUGAAGCUAGGCCGCGCCAACCAACCGACUGUGGCGACGGCCCUUGGGGCUCUGCUGCUCAACGUGCCCGUCCGCAUGGUCUGCACACUGAACACCAACAUGAAGGCUAUGGGAAAACGCAUGCCCUGCUCUAGAUACUUCGAGGCUGGUGUAAACAAAAAUGGAGUAAUUCAAUACGCUGAUGUUCACCUGUAUGGUGACAACGGAUGGGUUGUCAACGAGCCCUUGUUGGCUCUAGGAAUGGAUGUGUACCACAACUGUUAUAACAAGGAUCUGUUUAACUAUACAGCUUACAACGUCAUCACCGACACCGCCUCAAACACUUGGUGCCGGUCCCCUGGCACGCUAGAAAACAUUGCUAUGGCUGAACUGAUGAUAGAACGUAUAGCAUGUGAAUUGGGCCUGGAUCCACUUGAUGUGCGGAUGGCAAACUUGGGAGAUGAUACUCGCGAAGAUAUAACCAAAAUGGUAGACACCCUUAUCAAAAAUUCACGAUACUACGAGAGAAAAGCAGCUGUUGAAAAAUUCAAUGAAAACAAUAGGUGGACAAAACGUGGAAUAAGACUUUGUUUACUGAGGUGGGAACCAGUCGGUUACAUGAACCUUGACGUUACCCUAACUGUAUGUGCCGACGAUGGGACCGUUAUUAUAACCCACGGUGGAAUCGAGAUGGGUCAAGGUGUCAAUGCAAAAGCAAUUCAAAUAGCUUCAUACAUACUAAAAGUACCAGUUGAAAAAAUUCAGGUCAAGGCUAACAGCAAUAUUGCCGUCCCGAACUGCUCUCCUUCUGGAGGCAGCAUAACCUCCCAAAAUGUUGGAAUCGGUGUACGAAAAUGUUGCGAGGAACUUUUGGAGAGACUUGCCCCUAUCAAAAGUGAAAUGGGUGAUCCUACUUGGGUGCAACUGAUUCAAAAAGCUUUCGCAUCGCAGGUGCAGCUAAGAGUAACUUGUUACACUACUUUAGCUGAUAUGCUGAAAUACCAUAUAUGUGGUGCGGCUAUGGCUGAAGUCCAAGUUGAUAUAUUGACUGGAGAAUUUGAAAUUAUAAAAACUGAGAUGAUGGUAGAUUGUGGACAAAGUAUAAAUCCUGGAAUUGAUUGCGGACAAAUCGAAGGUGCAUUUUUGAUGGGUAUCGGUUACUGGACAUCUGAAAACUUGGUCUACGACUCGAGCACCGGCGAGUGUGUGUCGGACCGCUCGUGGUACUACUGGCCGCCUCAAGCGUGUGACAUUCCGCAGUCCAGCACGCUGAUGUUCAAGCCGCGCGGAUACAGUUCCGAAAUUGUUUACGGAGCAAAAGGUACCGGAGAGCCGGCGACGUGCAUGAGUGUCGUGGUGAUGUUCGCGUUGAGAGCCGCUAUAGAAGCAGCCCGAACAGACUGCGGAUUGAAUCGCAACGAAUGGUACACAAUAGAUGGCUCCAUGACUCUCGAGAAGCUUUGCUUGGCAGCAUCAAGCAGCAUACAAGACUUCAAAAUUAAGACCCAAGGUUGCUUGGAAGAAUGUGACCGCCUUUCUGCGACGAAUGGGAAACGUGGAAACCGCGGCGCGGGCAAGCCACCUCCGCUGGCCGCGUUUAUGAUUAUUAUUAUUGGCUCUGAGAUCAGUUCAUCCGACACACUACUGGAGGUCCUGCGGCGCUCGCUGCAGCUGCGCGGCACCAAGUACAACUGCUUGGAAGGAGGCUGCGGCGCCUGCAUCGUCAGCGUGAUCAAGCGGGAUGGCGAGGCGCCGCAAGGAGUCAACUCGGUUUGUAUAGUGAACGAAGACGCUCGUCACAUCAUCCGCCUUAAGACCUCCCUAAUCCGACCCUGUUCUGAGGGACCUUUUGCUUUUAUAUAA